GCCCCCCCGCCCACUGCGACGACACUGUCUCCGUGGUGUUGCUUCGGCAGUUUGCGUUGCAGGGUCCGGCAUCUCUCCCCGACGAUCUUACCGUGAGGAGCAUCAACCAUAACCAGGCGGAUCCACAACCGGAACCAGACGACGAGACGAGAGAGAGCUUGAACCACCACCGCUGCAACAUAUCACCAAACCGGCGCUUGAACAUCAAAACCCAGGAGGCUGCUAAUGGAGGCGGAACACUGAUGCCUGACAGUGGAAUGUCGCGACCUCUGUGAUUAGAGUUUUGGUUGCACGAGACGAGGCGGGGGAGUGGGAUAGGAAGAAAGCGGGGGCUGCGACAGGCUGUGGAGGCUAGACGAUGCACAUGCGCCUGUGCGUUACCCCGGUCAAUGUUUCAGCAGCAGAGUGCGUGAGUGGGGUCGUCUUGCCUGUUGCAGGACCGGGCGAUGCUACUCGUCUGUGUGGAGCCUCCUCAUGUGGGGCUUGAGAGUAUUGAGGUGCACCACACAUGGCUUGUUCGUCGCUUUUGCCACCUCUCCAUGUCACAUGGCAGGUUUCCCCAGGUCCUCGACGGAAGGGUGCUCCUCUGGGCUUGAAGAAUUUGGGAAAUACAUGCUACCUUAACAGUGUGUUGCAAUGUCUUACAUACACGCCCCCGCUGGCCAAUUUUUGCAUGAGCAACCUUCACUCUAUUCUGUGUAAUCAAUUGAAUGGAAAGAAUAAUAGUAACUGCCCCUUCUGCUUCUUGGAGUUACGCAUUCAGCGGUCCUUGACGUUUGAAGGUCCCAUUGAUGCGCCCAUUAAAAUACACAAUAGGUUGCAGUAUUUUGCCAAGCAUUUCCGGAAUGGUCGGCAGGAAGAUGCCCAUGAGCUCCUCCGAUAUGCAAUCGAAGCCUGCAAUCAUGUUUGCGUGCAGCUGCACAAAAUUGUACAAGUGGGUAAAGUGUCUCCAAAGCAAGCAGUGGCAAAAGGAUCAAAGGAGGAGCCGAAUACAGUUGUGAAGGAAAUUUUUGGCGGUCUUUUGCAAAGUCAAGUGAAGUGUCUCUCAUGUAGCACCGAAUCGAAUAAGCUUGACGAGAUCAUGGAUCUCACUUUGGAUAUUGUGCGGUUGAGUUCUCUUAGUGAGGCCCUGUGUCGCUUCUUUCAGCCGGAAGUGUUGGAUGGCGAAAACAAGUACCGCUGUGACCAGUGUAAGAAGCUGUCUCCUGCUCGCAAGCAAAUGUCUGUUUAUCGGGCACCCAACGUACUUGUUAUUCAAAUGAAGAGGUUUGAAGAUAUUUAUGGAGGGAAGAUAGACCGGCAUGUGCAUUUUGAAGAACGCCUAUGUCUUGCAGGCUAUAUGUGCAGGGCAGGCAAGGAUGCACGUCCGGAGUAUUCUCUUUAUGGUGUUGUUGUGCAUGCAGGUUCUUCACAAGACUCUGGGCACUAUUACUCUUACGUCAAGGAAUCCAGCGGGAAAUGGUACUGCUGUGAUGACGCCAGAGUCUCGCAAGUUAAUGCUCAAACAGUACUAGCAGAGAAGGCAUACAUGCUUUUUUAUGUCCGGAGUACAUUGAGUCCGAAGAUUCCAUGUGGUUCGAUUGCCCCACUGCCUGCCUCUUCAGACACUCAGCUUUCAACAACACUUUCUGGAUCUACGGUCGGGAAUAGCAACGGCACGAAUGGCAGCAUCAGUAGGAUUGUAUCCAAGCCCCACCCGAAGUUUGGAAGCAUAGCAGCCUGCAAUGUGCGUUCUACUUCUGCAGUUUUGAACAAUGGUGCCGAGCACCCUGUUAAUGGGAAGUCCGAGAUAAAAAAUCGACUUCACAAUGGUGGGUCUCUUGAAAACAAUGGCCUUUCACGAAGCGAUCAGAUGUCUUCAGCAAUGACAAAGUCCGAAGACACUGAUAUGCCUGUGUAUGGACCCCAGCCUCGACCUAUUCCUGGGUCAAGUCUCAGACAGGGAGUCCGAGCUCCUGUAUCAAGCUUGCCAGUAUCAUCCGUAUCGACAAAUGGUCUAUCAGCUGUUUCCGGCCAGACACAGUUGACAGCUAACGAACCUGUCGGUGAUGCUUCCAUUGCGAACACAAGGCAGAAUGGUUUCUCCUCUGAAGAAACAAGCUCCUCUGCUUUGGGGAACCACACCGUUGAAAGGAAGAGCAUGCCAGUUGACCCAGAGAAGGCUCUUCUAAAAGAUGCGAGUCUAAGCCGAAAGAGGUUGCAUUUAGAAGGUUGUGGAUCUUCGUCGGCAACAGCUGACGUGAAAAGUGUUGGUACUCAAGAGGACGUUAUCGAGAAGCCCUCCUCAACAACAAUGGAGCAUUUAACUGAACUUGAGAAGUUGAAAAUGUCGCUUGCCAAACAAGGACGCGAACAGCUGCAACGGUCUGGGUGGUGUGAAAAGCUGAAAGAAUCAAUGCGGGCUGCCAAAAGACAACGCGUUGAUCAGACAUGCUCCAAAGAAACAGAUAAGGCGAUGCUAAGGAAACAAUUGAUCGCGCAAUGUCAAGAAUUUUACAAACUCCAGGUUCCCAGCGAUUUGAAAGAGCUCCUUGUGGCGCAGCUUCGAAAUUUUUUCAUGGCUAAAGAGAGUUAGAUUGUAAUGUUCAGAUGCCCCCUGACAUAUGCAAGCCGCUGCAAGAUUGUGGGUUGUGUUUCAGCCACAUUUAAGCUGGGUUCUUUGGUUCGUAACAUUUUGAUCUGAGACCUCUUGAGAGGAGACGAGCUUGGUCGGUCUCUGGAGUUGUAUUUUCUUUCACUUUCUACACACAUCAUGUGCAUUCUCGCGCUAUUGGUGGCUUUGUAGGAGGGGAGGGGGGGGGGGUGUAGAUUAGCAGCUGCACGAGGCAUGCAGAAUCUUGUUUGGUUUCUUCCCCUACUUUAAUGCGGGGCCUGGGGCAGAGCUUUCUCAAGUAGCGGAUGUAGUCAGAAUUAUUGGAGUGUUGCUGAGUUGAAUUAGCAAUGAGGUAAAUGUCACGAGGAGGGAAUAAGGCUCUUACUCGUAGAUAAUGAAGAGUGCUGUUAGAAAUUGGCCCCCUGUCCUAGAAAUUUCAGUACAUCUACAUUUUGAAGCAGCUAUUGUGUACAAAAGUCCGGUGGGACGGUCAAGCGCAGGUAGUCUCCUUAACAGUUGAUCCUGCUCUGGAGUGAUGACAUUUUAUGAAAUUUACUUCAAACAUUUUUGUGAUA